AUGGUAUUGACAGGAUUAGGAUGGGCCAUUGUCCUAUUCUUUGUAGGAUCUUACCUCAUCACAGAGUCAUGGACUUGGGGAUACAGGGGAAAGUGGACAAACAUCAAUAAUUACCUUCCUCGUAAGGAACUUGUGUUUUCAGAGGAACAGUUGUAUCGUUAUGAUGGCAGUAAUCCCAAUCUACCAAUCUAUGUAGCCAUUGAUGGUGAUGUGUAUGAUGUUACAACUGGCGCUGGAUGGUAUUCUGUGGGCGGAAGUUAUCACCAUUUUGCCGGUAAAGAUGCAGCCCGUGCUUAUGUUACUGGCUGCUUUAAAGAACAUAUCACACACGAUCUUCGUGGUCUCACCACCGACCAACUCAAGGGAGUGGAGCAUUGGAAGAAAUUCUAUCAAAACCAUCGAUCAUAUUUCCGUGUGGGGCGUGUCUUACAUCCUCCCAUUGACGACAGCACACCUAUCCCAGAACCUUGUGAAUCUGCGGUAGGACAGAAGCCAAAGGGAAAGGAUAAUUAA